AUGCUAAACCCGGGAUCAAUACCAACCAUCCGGGAGCAGGCCAGUGAGGACACAUCCAAUUUUGAAGCUGCCAGCACCUCACAUGCUACCAGCAGAUUACCUGUGAUGACAGAUUCUGCAUGUCAGACUGACCCACCCAAGUACCGUACUGUUCGUACACAGCUAUCCUCGAGGACUCUUGGUUCACAUCGAAGUACAGCUGUCCAGGCUAAAAUUCCCUGCAGAAGCGUUGGUGUCGAAACACUUCCGUUGGAAGUGCCAGUGCCCUUUUUAACAUCCACCCCCUUAAAGAGACCACCAAAGAGGCCCCGUGUGGAUCUUGAAGAGGAAUACGAAGAUCCAUUUGAGGGAAGCUCUUCUUUGGUGUUUUCCGAAGGCCAGGAUGCAACUUAUGAUCCAGCAGAAUCCAUAACAAAUGCUACAGAAACAACAGCCAUGUCUGGUCAAGAACAAAACCCCCCCCAGACGAUCAACACAUACAUCGUGUAUGAGACCUGCCUCAUGGAGCUUUUUGAAUCAUGUCCUGUGUGCAAGCGUGUGUGUGAUGUACAAACCAGAAGGAUCGGUACAUUCAUAUCAGUGCAGCAGCUGUGCCCCCAUUGUCAGUUUACAAGAAACUGGAAUAGCCAGCCUGUUCUUGGGAGUACUCCAGUUGGAAACCUGCAGCUAUCAGUUGCAACAUAUGUCAACGGAGCAUCUUUCUACAAACUUUCAAAGGUCUUCAAAGCAAUGAAUAUGCAGCUAUGCAAAUACAACACCUUCCGAAGGCAUGCCAGGAUGUUCAUUGAGCCAGCGAUUGUUUCUUACUGGCAAAAAUCACAGGAAGGCAUGCUACAGAAGCUCCAUGCAGAGGAGAAAGUGAUAGUUGGUGGUGAUAUGAGGGCUGACUCCCCAGGCCACUCUGCAAAGUUCGGAAGCUACACUAUGAUGGACCUGAAGAACAACAAAGUCGUUGACCUCCAGUUGGUUCAGAGCAAUGAGGUUGGUGGAAGCUACCACAUGGAGUUAGAGGGCCUGAAAAGGAGUCUGGAGUUGUUAAAGGAACGUGGUGUGACUCUGGACUGUAUUGUCACGGACAGACAUCUGCAAAUUCAGAAAUUCCUAAGGGAAAGCAGCAUCACCCAAUUCUUUGAUGUGUGGCACAUAGAAAAAGGGAUUUCUAAGCAACUGGAGAAGGCUGCAAAAAAGAAGGACUGCGAAAAACUUCGAGGGUGGGUGAAGAGUAUAAGAAACCACAUAUACUGGACUGCAGCAACCUCCACCACCGGGCCUGAGAGAGUGGCCAAAUGGACUUCCAUCCUGAACCACGUGCAGGAUAUCCACUCUCAUGAUGACCCCCUGUUCCCCAAGUGCCUUCAUCCACUGCGCAUUGCGCAAUACCAAUGGAUGGCUGCAGGCUACGUGGCCAACUUGAUGGACCUCAUCUUCGACCAAGUCUUUGUGGACCCUGCACCAUUCACACAGGAGCUUCUGAAGAUACCCAUCCCAGAGGACCUGUGUUCCCAAUAUGAGCGACCUGACAGGGAGGAGGUCAUCUCCGGGUAUGCUACUCGGUUCAAUUUGGCUGCUGUCUGAACCCAACAUAGAUAUUUCGCGGAUCAGGAAACUCUCUGCGAAUCCUGAGGACAACGCAGGCCGGAAUCACCACUCUGAUCCUGCGUCCAAGGAAGCCCCAGCACCAGCUCACAAAGCUUCUGUAGGCUAGAUACCUGUGACGCCUGAAAUCAUUAAAAAAUAUAUUUAGUGUCAUUUAUAUAUAAUACAAGUACAUUUAGUUUUUUUUUAUGGGUUCAAAG